GUAUUCGAUUCGAUCUCCCGGUCCCCGGUACGCUCGCUCUCCAGUCUCCAUCCUCCAUAUUUAGCAGAACCAAACAACUCUGCCCGCCGUCGCCGCCCCCUCUCCUCUCCUCGGACUUCUGAGAGAAAAGAGAAAGAGAGAACAGAAAUGGCAGUGUGUUCAUUGUUUCAGGCUUCUCCUUGCUCUCUCCGGCAAAAACCAAAAUCCAUCAGUCGAAAUGCUAGAGUCCACGACCACCCCAUCAUCAUAAAAUGUGAUUCUUCGCCUGAUCACUCAAAUACCAACAAACCCUCAUCUCCUUCGACGGUCCUGAAGCACCGCCGCCCCGCCGAUGAGAACAUCCGCGACGAAGCUCGCCGCCACAACUCCUCCACCCACAAGCAUGGCUUCUCCGCCAAAUACGUCCCAUUCAACGCCGAUCCCGGCUCCACUGAAUUCUACUCGCUUGAUGAGAUCGUCUAUCGGAGCCGCUCCGGCGGCCUCCUCGACGUUCAACACGACAUGGAGGCUCUCAAGAAGUUUGAUGGUCAGUACUGGAAAUCCCUAUUCGAUUCUCGAGUAGGCAAGACGACGUGGCCCUACGGCUCCGGCGUUUGGAGUAAAAAGGAGUGGGUCCUUCCGGAGAUUGACAGCGAUGACAUUGUUAGCGCCUUCGAAGGCAAUUCCAACCUUUUCUGGGCCGAGCGUUUUGGCAAACAGUUUAUGGGCAUGAAUGAUUUGUGGGUGAAGCAUUGUGGGAUUAGUCACACAGGGAGUUUCAAGGAUUUGGGGAUGACUGUCUUGGUCAGUCAGGUCAACCGGUUGAGGAAGAUGAACCGGCCGGUUGUUGGCGUAGGCUGUGCUUCAACUGGGGAUACUUCUGCUGCUCUCUCCGCAUAUUGUGCUUCAGCGGGUAUUCCGUCCAUUGUUUUUCUCCCUGCAAAUCGAAUCUCAAUUGCCCAGUUGGUUCAACCAAUUGGAAAUGGGGCUUUUGUUUUGAGUAUCGAUACAGAUUUUGAUGGAUGUAUGCAGUUGAUUCGAGAGGUUACGGCAGAGCUGCCAAUAUAUCUUGCGAAUUCUUUGAACAGUCUGAGGCUUGAAGGGCAGAAGACUGCUGCCAUUGAGAUAUUGCAGCAGUUUGAUUGGGAAGUGCCAGACUGGGUUAUUGUUCCCGGGGGAAAUCUGGGUAAUAUUUAUGCUUUCUAUAAAGGCUUCCGGAUGUGCAAAGAAUUGGGACUUGUUGAUCGGAUCCCACGACUCGUCUGUGCUCAGGCUGCCAAUGCCAACCCUCUAUACCUUUAUUACAAGUCGGGGUGGGGUGAAUUCAAGCCGGUGAAAGCUAAUACUACUUUUGCAUCUGCUAUACAAAUUGGAGACCCAGUUUCUAUAGAUAGAGCUGUCUUUGCUCUCCAGAAUUCGGAUGGGAUUGUGGAAGAAGCAACUGAAGAGGAAUUGAUGGAUGCCAUGGCCCUAGCAGAUUCAACUGGCAUGUUCAUAUGUCCUCAUACUGGUGUUGCUUUGUCAGCAUUGAUUAAACUUAGGAACAGUGGCGUUAUUGGCCCUACUGACCGGACGGUGGUGGUCAGCACAGCUCAUGGACUGAAGUUCACACAAUCCAAGAUUGAUUACCACUCAAAACAAAUUGCGGAUAUGGCCUGCCGCCAUGCUAACCCACCAAUGCAAGUGAAGGCAGAUUUUGGUUCGGUUAUGGAUGUUCUAAAGAAGUAUUUAUUGAGUAAGGCUCCAAAACAUUAGUCCUUUUGUGGGAAUUGGAAGUUUAGGAUGCUUACUGCUCUUUUGCUCUUUAGUUGUUGGCGUUGCAAUUUUAUGCAUUCCCUUCUCUGUAGGAUUGAGAACCAUUUAACGAGUUUGAGUUCUCAAGGUUUGGUAGAGAAAGAGAGAAUCUUCUAUGGUGCAUUAGUUAGUGUUUUCAAUUAGACAAUGGUUUUGUUGGUACUUCCUGUUUACCUCAACAUUUGUAGCAUUGAAUUUCAAUUUUAGAAAGUAUCUAUGAGAUUGCAAAAGUUCUGAAUGACGUUUUUUUCCAUA